UUUGUUCUUUUCUCCUCACCGAAGAAGAAAACUGCCUCUAGUAAAACAAAAAUUGAUAUCGAAGCGUUGGUUAUCUUUCUACGAGCCUGUCGAAAAAAAAUUGAAGGAACAUAAAACUUGAAAGAAGGUUUGCUAGGGAAAGGAAGAAACUAAUACUCGGUGAACAAGUACGACGACUGAUUACGCCGAAAUGUUGCUUGAUAAGGAUUUGGGCAGCCUCGAGUGGUGCUAUCCGGAUCGUCCAUUGAUGAUCAAUAGGAAGUACUCGUACAAAUUGCUCAAUAUGCACAGCCCAGACAAUUUUUCAAUCAUUGUGGUGGAUCAGACUUCCGUGGUGAUUCGAAGGCAGAUUAAGGAGGCAAUGGAUCUUCAUUUGCACAACAUUGCCGGUUGUGCACCGGUUGCCUGUCUGAAGGACGGACUUCCUGUAACUGUCAAAUUUGAGGACGGGAAAUUUCACCGAGCAGAGGUCAAUUUAGUUGAAGAGAAGGGCGUGAUUGUGUAUAUUGAUGGAUUCAAGGAGUGGAUAUUUUGAUCUCGGCUGAUUCCAUAUAUCCAACGUCGACUGAAUUUUUGAGACUUCCAAAGCUUUCGUUAAUGUGCCGUCUUGCUCAAGUUGUCCCACUUGAGGAACAGGAAAAGUGGAAAAAGUAUGACUACAAGUCGCUGUUCCAAGGAAAGAAUACAUCAGUGUUCUCAAUUUCUCUAAUUGACUGUAGAGUCUCUGAAGUUUGGCUCACGUGUGACAAGAAGGAUGUUGCCAACAUCAUGUUGGCUUUGAAAUGGUUAUGAAUUUGGGUUUAACCUGAUUUUGUUCCGCAAAGUGCCACCAAUGAUGAAGGGCCACAAAUGCUUGGAAAGUAAGGUUGCCGCGGGUAGUUGCACUACCCGGUUGGGUACUACCCGGCUAAUGUGAGCCGGGUACACUACCCGACUUGGGUACCCGAUCUGGGUACUCGGCCAAUUACCCGACCCGGUCGGGUACCCGGCGUUUUAAUUGGUUUUUAACUAAACAUACACGAACUAUGCAAAUUUUAAUAAGAAGUUAAUGCGACUUAAGUGAAGUAAAUAAUUCAUUUAUGUAUUUCAUUCCCCGUCUGCGCGCCAACCGAGGAGGAUUUGCUCUUGCACGAGCUCUCCUAAAUUUAUUUAUAUUAUAUUAAUUUUAACUAAAUUUAAUUGGUAAUAACAUUAAUUUUAAUUGGCAAUGUGCGAAAAUCGUUCUUUAUCAAGCUGGUCAACUAUUCCAGUCAAAAUUUGUUUAUUAAUUCUUUAUUUUAAUGUGUUUUUUUACAAUCUGAAUUACCACGCGGCCUAUGUCCCUCACUCCUCAGUUGGUUGGGGAAUCAAAAAUUGGUUUGUAUUUCAAAAUUUAGUUGGUUUUUUGUGCAUUUUUCCAACACAAUUUAUAAUUUAAGUAAGUUAUUAAUUAAAAUUUGUCAAUUGGUUAAAUAUUGGAUUAUCUUAUAUGUAUCUAAAUUUUACAAACAUUACUAGUCUUGGUAUGCAACCAACAUAGUCGCGCCAGUAGGUAGCGAGUUAGUUUUGUUUUGUUCAUCUAGUUAAAUUUAUAAUUUGACGUCGUUGACGGUAGUAGUAAUGGCUUAAAUAGGAUGUAAGCUCACGAAAAUAGGCUAGUGUGCUAUGCUAAAUUCAUUUUUGUGCAUUCCCUAGUACUAGUAAAUGAGGAUAAUAAAGGCUAUUAUUAUUAUUAUUAUUAUGUAGCAUGUACUACAAAUUUUAGGGUAAUAUUUGUGCAAUUCUCUGAUGUUAAUUUGAGAAAAAUUAAUUUUUACAUAAGAUGUAGCUAAAAAAAUUCACCAAACAUUAAAGAAUAGAUUAAAAACAAUCAAUAAUUGGUAAGUUAGUAUUAAGAUUAUAGAAUUUCUACAUGAUGUUAACUCCGUAGAUCAGCACAAAUUUGCCCAGCUUUGCAAAUCAUUAGUAUGAGGAGCUGAUAACAACUUUUUUAAAAAUAAUAUUGACGUAAUAUAAAGAAAAAUUAGAUUUCAGCAGUUGCGAUAAAUUAAUGAGUUGAGUUGUAUGGAGAGAGUUAAAGAAACUACUUAAAAAUAAGUCAUAGUAUGCCCCAAAAUGGGAAAAUAAAACUAAGUGGUUACCCAACCGGGUACCCGGCUGGGUAAUUGCAAAUACCCGGCUUCUCUGGGUACCCGGUUUUGGAAAGUUUGGGUAAUUGUAGAUACCCGGCCUCAUCCGGGUACCCGGAUUUUUGGGAAAAAUGGCCGGGUAGCCGGGUAAUUGGGUACCCAACCCGGUACCCGCGGCAACCUUAUUGGAAAGUAUCCUCGAUAUGAUUACAGUGAUUGGAUUGGACAGAAAAUCGGAGUCUUUGAGACAAAGGUUUCAAAAGUGGGAUCGAAUUUCAAAGUUCAUCUUCAGCUUCAUUCAUCUAAUUAAAUAAAUAAAUUGCAUAUGAUCUCCUUCACGCGUAUCUCCGAUUUAUCUAUUUGGAAUUAAACGUCUAAUAUUUAAUCAGCAUGGACAAUAAUGGAAGCUGUUGAUUCUGGAUUGUUGAAGUAUGACUCUACUUCUAAAGACGACGCCAAGGACUUUUCAAAGGAUAUUGGUGAUGCUGUUCUUCUUGCGUAUGGCGAGGACGAAACGAAUUAUUGAGCUACAAUUUUUCAAAAGUGAAGAGUUGGAUGAAUACUUGGUGAAGCUGGUAUACUACGGAGAUUUUGUCAAUGUUCAGGAAAAAAAAGACAUGUUCAAGAUUCCGAAUGAACUGAAUCAGCAACACCCUGCUACUUAAUUGAACUAUUGGCGGACCCAAGCAAAGUUUCUUCAGAUGAAACCACCAAGGUCAAAUUAUUGGAGUUGGUUGUAGAAAAAUCAUUAGUCAUGCAAAUUUCAUGGAUGACGUAGAUUCCUGAGAAAUUCGAAAGUAAAACCUACAGUGCGGAUUCCAUAUAGGCCGAGUCAGGGACAGAGUUCUAAAUUUUUCUUUUUAAAUUAGCCGACAUAAUAUUACCAAACUCCGUGGAUAGUUAAAUGCUUGUUAGAUUUUCUAUUAUUUGGCAUCAAAUCCUUUAACAUCUUGCACUUCCAUAGCGUGUGCUAUCCAGAUGUGGUUUUUAGCCUUCAUAUGGAAAUAACAACCGAUGACCCCCACCGGUCAACCACUGGACCGAUGUCGCCCAUCUUCGAACUCGUUUCCUAACUUUGUCCAAUAUGCAUAUGAUGAAAAUUUCAAGUCAAUCGCUCAACUCGUUCGAGAGUUAUCGAAAGACAGACGGACAUGACAAUUACAUAAGCCCUGGUUCGGGCUAAAAAUUAAUUCUUAAUUCUACUAAUUUAACCAAAUUUUCCUGAUUAGCCUGGAAAACUGGGCCUCAAAGUUCGGCGGCCCGCUGUUCGAAUUCGGCCGUAACGUGGUCAACGAAUUAAUUCGUUGACCACAUUACGGCCGGACCCUAAAAGGAAACGAAUUGAUUCAUCCUGAUGGCGCAUAGUCUCUCCUCAGACGGACGGCUUGUUGGCUGCUCCCUGGCUGAACCGACCUCAAACAGACUUGAAGUACCUUGGUAACGGGUCCCUUGAGAAUGAAUCAAGUCGAGGAAUCACGCAACUUUCUCGUUGGUUGUAAUUUUUUCUGGUCACAGACCAAAGUCGGGUUAAAGCACUACAAUCAUGGCGAGGUCAAAAAAGGAGCUGAAGAAGGAGAGAGCCAAAGAGAGGAACAACUCAGUGACGGGAGUGGAGAAAAAGAAGGUCGAAAAGAAGGUUGUCACUUUUGAACCCUUCGCCAUCCGAAUUAUCAACACUAUCACGUACCAGCAAACAAGGCUCACGAUCACCAAGAAAUUCAAGGUGGCUGACAUUCACGAGGCGUACGCCCCAUUUGAGAGCCACCCAGAAUACUACCUGUGGCAGGACAUGUACGGAAAGAACUUGGAUCUGAAUAGAACGGUGGUGGAGAAUGGACUCGUGGGAGGAGAUGAAACCGUGGAAUUUGAUGGGAUUGGGAAGGAGCCUGUGAUCAUCCUUGUGUUUCGCGACGGCUUUGAAAAUGACAUUCCACCCACGCUCAAUCCUCUCCAACGGAAAGCUGUAACAGGGCUGUGCAGGAACUACUAAACAAUUCCUCCGUUUUUUUCGCAAAAUUUUUGUACAAACGGUUGCAAUCAUUUCUUAAGUCAGAACGUCGCAUUUUACGAAAGAUUCAGCAAAUCUUUCGUAAUAAAUAUAUAAUAAGUAAA